UCCGCCUGAUCAACUCCUCCCACACUCCGCUCUGUUCAACUUCUAGGAAAAAAUUGCGCUUCUUUCUCAAAGUCCUUCCUCGGGUUUAGGUCACACUGACCAAAACGGUAUCCCUUCAAACGGAUAUCGCUCACGAAGAAGCAGAAUUUUCUGCUCGGGGUCCAGCGCCGUAUCGACAAUGGGUUUGCAGCGACAAGGAUGGUUGCGUUGGACGACCCUCCUCGCGCUUGCGGUUUCGGUGAACUGCGUGCGCCGGAGCGAGCUCUUCCCGCACGGCGAGGGCGCGGGGGACCGUGCGCUUCCGCCAGGGAAUGAUCACACGCAGGAACUGCCACUCGACAAACCUGUGCUAUUCUACGAUGGGAAAUUUGACAAAGUUUAUAUCAACACCAAUGGGUUUGUCGCCACGGGGCAGCCUGCCCCGGAGUCCGAGUACCUGGGGAACAUGCCUGCCAGCUUCGGCAUGAUCGCCGCCCUGGUGGGGGACCUGGACACCAGCGACGGGCUGGGGCAGGUGUACUACCGCCAGGACUCCAGCCCCGCCGUCCUGCGGAAGGCCGCCGAGCACAUCAACCGCGCCUUCCCCGAGGACGACGAGGUGGAGCCCAGCCAUUCGCUGGUGGUCACCUGGGCGGGCGUGGCCCCCCAUGACCCGCAGAAUGGAGGAAAUCAGCAGCGCAACACCUUCCAGCUGGUGAUAGCGUCGGGCGAAACGACCUCCUACGCCAUCCUGCUGUAUCCGAGCGAGGCGAUGCAGUUCCACGCCACGCCUUUAGUGGGCAGGAGAGAGCCCCUGCAAGCCGGCUUCGGUAAAGGACUGGUGAAGUUCCUCAUCUGGAGCACCCGUCAGGGCCCGUACUACCGGAUCACCACAGAGGAAGAGGACUCUGUCAGAAAGCUAUCUGAGCAAACAAACUCAGGAAAGCCGGGCGUGUGGGUGCACGAGAUUGGGACGGCCCCCUAUUUCACGGCCAUUGCCCCCGGCGAAGUGACCGAGCUGCCCAAGGAGGUUCUGGCAGUUAGCCGUGGGGAGAAGGUGUUGUUCCAUGGCCGGAUGGGCCCGUACCAGCCGGGCCCUGUGGAGCCCCAAAGGCCAGUCUACCCCCGGCCUGAAGAGCAGCACCCUCAGGAGCCUUACGAGGACCCCAUCGCUCACCACCCCAUCCGGGUCCACGCCGUCCAGGAACCGGUCCACCCCGUCCAGGAUGCGGUCCACCACGCCCAGGUCCGUCCGGUCCACCCGGUCCAGUUCCAGCCGCAGAACCCUGAAAUAGUGGUGGUGGACGACAGCGACAUUAAUGUAGACGUGUUCUCCUACAACUUUGAGACCUGUGCUAACAACAGACAGAAGUGCUCCACCUUCGCCGACUGCAGAGACUAUCCCAACGGCUACUGCUGCCACUGCCGGCCUGGCUUCUACGGCAACGGCAAGCAGUGCGUAGCAGAAGGCAAGCCCCAGAGGAUGAAUGGGAAGGUGAGUGGGCGGGUGUUCGUGGGGACCUCCCCCUCCCCGGUGGAGCUCAGCGGCAACGACCUGCACUCGUACGUGGUGGCCAAUGACGGGCGGGCCUACGUGGCCAUCAGCACCAUACCCCCUAGGCUGGGCCCCUCCCUGCUCCCCCUCUCCUCCCUGGGCGGGGUCAUCGGCUGGGCCUUCGCUCUGCAGCAGCCCGGACACAAGAACGGCUUCAGCAUCAUAGGCGGGGAGUUCACGCGGCAGGCUGAAGUGACCUUCUUGCCUGGCAACGAGAAGCUGUCCAUCAAGCAGGAGUUCAAGGGCAUCGACGAACACGACCACCUGCUUGUCAACACGGACCUGGAGGGCACAGUGCCCGAGGUUCCACCGGGCACCACCGUGGAGAUAGACCCUUACUCCGAGAUCUACCAUUACAGCAGCAGCCUGAUCACGUCGUCUGCCACGCGCGACUACGUGCUGACCCUGCCCGGCGGCACCAGGGAGACCAGGACGUUCCAGUGGAGGCAGACCAUCGUGUUCCAGAGCUGCCCGCACGACGAGUCCGGCAGGAACGCCGUCCCCACGCAGCAGCUCUCCGUGGACCAGGUCUUCGUCAUGUACGACUCCGGCAACCAGCUCAUCCGCUAUGCCAUGAGCAACAAGAUCGGCUCCAUCCACGGUGGGGAGCCAGAGGAGAACCCCUGCUUCACCGGCCGACACGGAUGUGACACGAACGCCAUCUGCCGCCCGGGCCAGGGCUCGCAGUUCACCUGCGAGUGCGGGACCGGGUUCACCGGCGACGGGCGCAGGUGCUACGAUGUCGAUGAAUGCAGAGAGGACCCGCAGGUGUGCGGCCCCAACGCGCUCUGCAGCAACCAGCCCGGUACCUUCCGCUGCGAGUGUGCGGACGGCUACCAGUUUGCGCUCGACGGCAGGACCUGCGAAGAAGCCGACCGGCCCUCUGACCACUGCCAGGAGGGCACGCACAACUGCGACGUUCCGGAGCGCGCUCAGUGCAGCUUCACGGGCGGGUCCUCCUACGUCUGCUCCUGCCUGCCCGGCUUCCUGGGGGAUGGGCGUAGAUGCCAGGAUAUUGAUGAGUGUCAGCAGCAGGGCAGGUGUCACCGGGACGCCGUGUGCUACAACACUCAGGGCUCCUUCACCUGCCAGUGCAGGCCUGGUUUCCACGGCGAUGGUUUCCAGUGCUCCUCUGGGCAUGAGAAGACCCAGUGUGAGCACCAUCGGGACACCGUCCUGGCCUCGUCUGGGGUUGGGCCCCGAGGCCCGAGGCCCCUCCCGGGGCAGUACGUGCCCACGUGCGAUGCCCGGGGUGCCUACGAGCCCAUGCAGUGCCACGGCAGCACCGGGCAGUGCUGGUGUGUGGGCCGCAAUGGUGGCGAGAUCCCUGGCACCCGGACAGGGCCGGGCAGCACGCCCAUGUGCAUUGAUCCGGACGUGCCUCCGGUCCCGGUGGGCCCCACCCCCCGGCCGGAUGUGCACCCCCUGCCCCCAGGAACCCACCUGCUGUUCGCCCAGAGCGGCAAGAUCGAGCACGUCCCGCUGGAGGGCUACGACGUGAAGAAGGACCAGGCCAAGGCUGUGCUGCACCUGCCCGAGAAAGUGGUGAUUGGGGUGGCGUAUGACUGUGUGGAGAAGAUGGUGUACUGGACUGACAUCACAACCCCCGCCAUCAGCAGAGCCAGCGUGCAGGGGGGAGAGCCCACGCCCAUCAUCACUGCAGACCUAGAAAGCCCUGAGGGCAUUGCCGUGGACCACCUGGGCCGGACCCUGUUCUGGACGGACUCCAUGCGGGAUCGGAUCGAGGUGGCCUCUCUGGACGGCACCAAGAGACGCGUGCUGUUCGACACGGACCUCGUCAAUCCCCGAGCCAUCAUCGCUGACCCUGUCCAUGGGUACCUCUACUGGGCCGACUGGAACCGGCAAGCUCCCAAAAUCGAAGCCUCCUACAUGGAUGGGACCAACCGGAAGGUUCUGGUGAAGGAUGACCUGGGGCUGCCCAACGCUUUGACCUAUGACCCUCAGAGCUCCCUGCUGUGUUGGGCGGAUGCCGGGACCCACAAGGUGGAAUGCAUGAACCCCACCCGCAGCGACCGCAGGACCGUGCUGGAGGGCAUUCAGUACCCCUUCUCAAUGGUGUCCUUUGGGAAGAACCUCUACUACACCGACUGGAAGAGGUAGGCAUUCUCCCAGCAUGCUUUGCAG